AUGACCGUGGUGACCAAUGAUAACAAUGAACUAAUUCCUACCCAAACAGUUACCGGAUGGAGGGUAUGCAUGGACUACCGCAAGCUGAAUAAGGUGACCCGCAAGGAUCACUUCCCAUUGCCUUUCCUUGACCAGAUGCUCGAUCGUCUUGCUGGACGUGCCUUCUAUUGCUUCUUGGAUGGAUAUUUUGGGUACAAUCAAAUCCUGAUUGCCCUGGAGGAUCAGGAGAAGACCACAUUUACUUGUCCAUAUGGCACCUUUGCUUUUUCUCGGAUGCCUUUCGGGAUGCGUAAUGCCCCGGUGACAUUCCAACGAUGUACCACCCCCGAUUGGCUGAAUGCGGGAGUAAAGAUUUUGAGAAGAAGUUUGAACUUUGAGGCCAAGGGGUGGGAAACAUUUGUGUACAGCAGGGUGAUGACAACCCGAAGAGCAAGAACUACAAGAGAACAACCACUGCUCUAUCAGGCCAGUCUGAAGGCUCCUACUCGAACUGCCUCCACCUCUGUAGACAUUCCACCUGGUCCAUCCACUUUAGCAGAGCCAGAGAUACCCUCUUCCCGAGCCUACCCAGUGACUGCUCACCGACUGAGCCAGGCUCUUCUCAGCAUCAAGAACUAG